GGCACUCUGCGCCCGCCGAGGUCGCGGCCGGAUCCCUGCCAGCCCUUGGGGGAGCAGCUCACAAGGGAGGUGCUUUUGCCGGGUAAAGGUUUCGGUUGGGUUUGUUUUGUCACCGGCGGGAGAUAAGUGGUGCUCAGCGCUCCGUGUUUGCGCUGGGUUUGGGGGAUUGCUGCGUCCCGGCCGUGUCCUUCGGCUGCUUCGCUCCGUGGUGGGACAGGGCAGCGCUGUGUGCCUCGGAUCGGGAGUGCCGCUGCCCCCGGACACAUUGGGACUGCUGCGCCCUGUCCCACACACAGCUCCUUGUCCCUGUGUGCCCGGGGGGGGCCGACCCCACACCACCACCGCGCUGGCAGCGCCGGGCAGCCCGGAGAUGUGGGCGCCGGAGCCCCUCACCUUCAGCCUCUGGGAUUACGGCGUGUUUGGCCUGAUGCUGCUCAUCUCCACGGGCAUCGGGCUGUUCCAUGGGCUGUCCAAAGGUGGCCAGAAGACCUCGGAGGACUUCUUCAUGGGCGGUCGGCGCAUGGCAGCAGUGCCGGUGGGGCUCUCGCUGUCGGCCAGCUUCAUGUCGGCCAUCCAGGUGCUGGGGGUGCCGGCAGAGGCGUACCGCUACGGCUCCAAGUUCCUCUGGAUGUGCCUGGGGCAGCUGCUCAACACGCUGCUCACUGCGUACCUCUUCUUGCCCGUCUUCUACCGCCUGGGGCUCACCAGCACCUACGAGUACCUGGAGAGGCGCUUCGGACGCAGCGUGCGGCUCUGCGGGACGCUGCAAUACGUGGUGGCUACGACGCUGUACACAGGGAUCGUCAUCUAUGCCCCUGCCCUGAUCCUCAACCAAGUGACCGGUUUGGACAUCUGGGCAUCUCUGCUCUCCACCGGCGCCAUCUGCACCUUUUACACCACCAUAGGCGGGAUGAAGGCUGUCAUCUGGACCGACGUCUUCCAGGUCUUUGUCAUGCUCUCCGGGUUCCUCGCCGUCAUCAUCCGGGGGCUGCUGCUGGUGGGGGGCCCCUCCAGGGCGCUGGCCAUCGCCACCAACGGCUCCAGGGUGAACUUGGGCGACUUUGACUUCGACCCACGGAGCCGUUACACCUUCUGGACCUUCCUGCUGGGCGGCACGCUGGUCUGGCUGUCCAUGUAUGGCGUGAACCAGGCGCAGGUCCAGCGCUACGUGGCCUGCAAGAGCGAGAGGGAGGCGAGGAUAGCGCUGCUGGUCAAUCAAGUGGGGCUCUUCUGCAUCGUCUCCAGCGCGGUGGCCUGUGGCCUUGUGAUGUUUGUGCUCUACAAGGACUGUGACCCCCUCCUGGCCGGCCACAUCUCAGCCCCGGACCAGUACAUGCCCUACCUGGUCCUUGACAUCUUCCAGACGUCCCCUGGGGUACCCGGACUGUUCCUGGCCUGUGCCUACAGCGGGACCCUGAGCACCGCCUCCACCAGCAUCAACGCCAUGGCAGCCGUCACCGUGGAGGACCUGGUGAAGCCCCGGCUGCCCACGCUGUCACCACGAAGGCUGAUGUUGAUCUCCAAGGGGCUGUCACUGUUCUAUGGCACUGCCUGCAUCACGGUGGCUGCGCUGGCCUCGCUGCUGGGCGGUGGUGUGCUGCAGGGCUCCUUCACCGUCAUGGGGGUGAUCGGCGGCCCACUGCUGGGAGCCUUCGUGCUGGGCAUGUUCGUGCCGGCGUGCAACACAGCUACCCCAUUGCUCGCCCUGCAGGGUGUGUUUGGGGGUCUGAGUGUCGGCCUCACGCUCUCGCUGUGGGUGGCAGUGGGUGGCAGCCUCUACCCGGCCCCUGCCAACAUUGCUGGUGUCUUGCCCGCCUCUGGAGCCCACUGCCCACUCUACAACCACACUGCCAGCACCAACCACACACUGCUGAUGGGACCACUGCCCCCCCAGCACCCCAGCAGGGAGCCUGCACGGCCUCCCAUCGUGGGUGACUUCUAUGCCAUCUCCUAUCUGUACUAUGGGGCACUGGGGACGCUCUCCACUGUGCUGGCAGGGGUGCUGCUCAGCUACCUGGCAGGGCCCACCAAGCGGGCACAGCUGCCCCCAGGAGUGCUUUGGUGGGACAUCACCAAGCAGACAUCCUCUGUGUCCCCAGCGGGGGGCACGGCGCCUUCAGGGGGGUGUCCCACCAAGGUCUGCAGAGACCCUCAGGGGGGGCCGUGUCCCGAAGCCCCCCCGGUGCUGCUGGCACGGCCCCCCCCCCAGCACCGCGGGGUCACCGAGCAGCUGCUGCAGGAAAGCCACGUGUAGGGACACGGGGAGGGGGGGGGACACGGGGGAGGGGCACAGGAACCGAUGCGCACCCCCUGUGUCGGUGUCCCCCCUCCGGGAGGGGACAAUAAAUGAGGCGGGGGCUCCAUGGGA